AUGCUCCAGAUGAGGAUCAUCAUUACUCCACUGCUUUCGGCAGCGGUUCUGACCCAACCGUUGCUGGCAGCCCCAAUAUUCUGGUUUCUUCCUUGGAGCUUACCAAACACUUUCACCACCACCACCUCAUCCUCCACGUCCGGGACGGCAUCCACCGCGAAUGGUGCUUCCAACUCCUCCAACGUGUCGGUGGCAAUCGGAAAUCGCGUCAACACUUCGACCGGCCUGGAUGACUACGGUACGAACAUAUCGAACGUGCAGAUAAAUGUCAACCGUAUGCGGAGAGCCAUCACCGAGGAUGAUCUGGCCAAGCUUGGACGUCGGUUCGCCCGUCAGUCGACGAAUGAAACGAUUAUUUCAAUCGGUGAACAUACGAUUCGACUACCGGCCAACAUAUCCAAUCUCACCGUCAACACGUAUCUCAUCAACGGAAUGCCGGAUGACACGAUGAGCCUACCAGACACCGGAAUGGGGAUGAAUACCAACGAAACAUCAACACCUUUAGCAACGGCGAUUAACAUUUUUAAGAAUUUUUUAUCAUCCUUCUUCGGAAGACAAGUCCCUCAAGGGUAAUGUAGAGGCGAAAAAAACCCUCAAAAAACAACCAAACAUUACGUUUAAAAGCUUUGUUGUCUAAGUUGUGAGACUCUGCUAAUGUCAUUCGCAAAAUACAUUCUAAUGCUGGCAGAGCAAAAUAAUGCGGUAACGACACUUCCCCACAACACACACCACACCACUGGGUGUUCCAACUUUAGUUCUGUUCUAUUUCCAAUUGCCGCAUGUUGGACGGUGAAGCAACAAUAAAGUAGAAGCACUUACAAAGCCGGUCACCAC